AUGAAAAACAAGACCAUUAUUGAGCCUCAUAUCACAUGGAAAGUUCAAUCGGGUAAUAGCCAUUUCUGGUGGGAUGAUUGGUUUGGUGAAGGGCAGCUAGCUCAGCACUGUGACCACAUCACCAGCCUCAACAACACUCAUGUGUCAUACUUCAUAGAAAAUGGCACCUGGAAUGAGACAUUACUAAGACAGAAAGUGCCUCCUCUUCUGAUUCCAAAAAUUCUGAGCUGCAGGAUUCAUUAUCAAGCAGGAGUAGAGGAUACAUCAGUGUGGAAACCUAAGGAGAAUGGAGUCUUCUCAUGUUCGUCAGCAUGGAAUAUUUGUAGGGAAAAAAAGGAUAGUAAUAUCCUCAGCAAGCUCAUCUGGCACACACAUAUCCCCUUCAAAAUAUCUUUUCUGCUAUGGAGAGCCCUGAGAAGUAAGCUUCCAACUAACGAGAAAAUUACAACAUUUGGAGUUGCUCCUGUUAGUUGCUCAUGUUGUAAUAGACCUGGAAAUGAUGAGAUCAAUCACAUAUUUGUCAAUGGGAAUUUCGCCAACUACAUCUGGAAAUUUUUUUCUGCUCCCUGUGGGAUCAAACAUGACCAAAUGUAUUUGCGAAAUCUCCUCAACUGCUGGUGGGGAAUGGAAACAAAAUAA